AUGGCGCUGGGCCCCGAGCCAGUGAGCAGGUUCCCCGAGCUGGCUGCGACGGGCAGCCCUGUGCCCGAGCCGUCUGGUGCCCCCAACGCAUCCGUCAACGGCUCCUGGGCCGGCGCAGCGGAGCCCAGCUCCCUGGAGGACCUGGUGGCCACUGGUGCCAUGGGGGCCGCACUCUCAGCCAUGGGCGUGGUGGGUGUGGCAGGCAACGUGUACACGCUGGUGGUCAUGGGCCGCUCCCUGCACGCCUCGGCCUCCAUGUCCGUCUACGUCAUCAGCCUGGCGCUGGCUGACCUGCUCUACCUGCUCGGCAUCCCCUUCGUCGUGGCCACCUAUGGCACCAAGCAGUGGCACUUCGGCGAAGUGGGCUGCCGGGUCCUCUUCAGCCUGGACUUCCUGACCAUGCAUGCCAGCAUCUUUACCCUGACCGUCAUGAGCAGUGAGCGCUACGCCGCCGUGCUGAGGCCCCUGGACACAGUGCGGCGUUCCAAGGGCUACCGCAAGAUCCUGGCUCUGGGCACGUGGCUGCUGGCCCUGCUGCUGGCCCUGCCCAUGAUGCUGGCCAUCCGGCUGGUCCGCAGGGGCCGCAAGAGCCUCUGCCUGCCGGUCUGGGGCCAGCGUGCCCACCGCACCUACCUGACGCUGCUCUUCGGGACCAGCAUCGUGGGGCCCGGCGUGGUCAUCGGGCUGCUGUAUGUGCGCCUGGCCCGGGCCUACUGGCUGUCCCAGCAGGCCUCCUUCCUACAGACGCGGCGGCUGCCCAAGCCCAGGGUGCUCUACCUCAUCCUGGGCAUCGUGGGGCUCUUCUGGGCCUGCUUCCUGCCCUUCUGGCUGUGGCAGCUGCUCGCCCAGUACCCUGGGGCCCAGCCGCUCACGCCCCGCACCACGCGCAUUGUCAACUACCUGACCACCUGCCUCACCUACGGCAACAGCUGCGUCAACCCCUUCCUCUACACGCUGCUCACCAAGAACUACCGCGAGCACCGCCAACGCCCGCUCCGCCCCCGGGGAGCCAGCCGGCCCACGCGUGCCGGCCCCUUCCCUCCGCGCUGGGUCCGCUUCCAGCGCGGCUCCGGCCGCUCGCUGUCCUCCAGUGGCCAGCAGCCCACCGAGGCCCCCGCAGCGUCCCAGGCGGCCUCGAGAGUGGUCUGCGCCUGA